CCUAUAUAAAUGGGCAAUCUAUGUGCUAUGAAAAUCAAACUUCUAUUUCCUGCCAAAAAAAAAAAAGAAGGGGGUUGUGUUAGGUCAUCAUUCAUCAAUAUCUUUAGCAAAACAAGCAUGGGAGAUAUGAAAAGAAUGAUGAUGGUUUUCGCGGUGGUGGGACUUCUGCUAAUGGUUCCCUCUAGUACUAGUGCUUCAUUUGCAAGCUGCUAUGGAGGCUGCUUCCUUCUCUGUGUAAUCAUACCCACCAACACUGCCUCUUCUUGUGCCCUGCAAUGCUUGAAAAACUGCAUAGUACCUCCUUCUUCUACUCUUCAACUAUCAGAAACAAACAGCAAUUACUUCUGCAAGCUUGGAUGUGCUUCAUCUUUGUGUUCCAAUUACAGCACCAAACAGAACCCAAAUUCAAAGAAAGUUGAAGGCUGUGUAGACUCUUGCUCAGGGAUAUGCACCAAGAAUUAAUCAACACCACAUAAUUUAAGAGGAAAUAAUGGGAGUUGGUUUUAUUGAUGUUUUUUCAAGCCUUUCAUUCUUUCACCUUGACAUAAUGUAAUUUAAACUGAAUGUUGAUUGAUCAAUAUUAUUGCACAGGGAGUUGUUAUU